GGCCCGUUAUUUUUUGCACAGCAGGAUAUGAUGUUAAAUGCAGCCAAAAUGGUGCGGAAAUGUGAAAAAAUCCAGAACCUCAAGUCGAAAUGCCAAAUUUUCUAUCAAGACGACCCGUUCAUGGUAUCGAAAGCGUCGAUGCAGUACCUGUACGAUGAGAAAGGCAUGCAAUACUUAGACUGUAUCAGUAACGUGCAGCAUGUAGGCCAUUGUCAUCCUCAAGUGGUGGGGGCGAUCAGUAGACAACUGGCCACUUCUACUUGCAAUGUUCGUUUCGUCAGUCAAAAGCUGACCGAUUGUGCCGAAGAGUUGCUGAAAACACUGCCAGGCCUUGAUACAGUGCUCUUCUGCAAUUCUGGUUCGGAGGCCAAUGAUCUCGCAUUGAGGUUGGCUCGCGACUACACGCAACACACCGACGUCAUUGUCCUUAAUCAUGCGUAUCACGGACACGUGACCACCACCAUGCAGAUGUCUCCAUACAAAUUCGAUCACGGUUCCACCAUUCUCCAACCGGAAUGGGUACACGUGGCGCCAACCCCAGAUAUCUAUCGUGGAGAAUAUCGACUUUCUGAUGCUGAACUUAAUGAUCCUCAAAGACUACAGAAAGCCGGCAUCUAUUACUCGGAUGCAGUGAAAAAUAUAAUUGAAAAGGUAGUGGCCGCAUACUUUGCCGAAGCUUUGCAGUCCUGUGGAGGACAAGUCCUACCACCACCCGGCUACUUCGCAGAGGUUGCCAGACACGUCCGUUCGCAUGGUGGUCUCGUGGUAAUUGAUGAAGUUCAGACAGGAUUCGGUCGAGUCGGCAAAAAGUUUUGGGCCUAUCAGCUCUGCGAUGAUGGUUUCUGUCCGGACAUUGUAACGAUGGGCAAGCCUAUGGGCAACGGGUUCCCUGUGUCGGCAGUGGUGACCACACGGAAAAUCGCAAACGCCCUCGGCGGAAGCGUCGGGUACUUCAAUACGUAUGGUGGAAAUCCAGUGGCAUGUGCUGCAGUUCUUGGUGUGAUGCGAGUGAUUCGAGAAGAGAAACUCUUAGACCAUAGUCAAGCCAUGGGAGAGGAAUUCGAAAGGCAACUGAGUCAGCUCAAGAAGAAAUAUCAGUGCAUUGGAGACGUAAGAGGAGUCGGACUCUUCUGGGGAAUCGAUUUGGUGAAAGAUCGCAGUACUCGUGAGCCGGACCAAAAGCUGGCGCUUUCGCUCAUACUUAAGUUGAGGAGGGAACGAGGAAUUCUCCUUAACGCUGAUGGUCCACAUACGAAUAUUCUCAAGAUCAAACCUCCGCUCUGCUUUAAUAAGCAGAAUUUAAUGGAUUCAUGUAAAUUAGAUGUCUUAAAAUUAAUGUUUUUAAUUUAA